AUGUCUAUCCCUAAAAACUUCCGUGUCAUUGUCAUUGGUGGUGGCCCAGUCGGGCUCGCUUUGGGUCACGGCUUGUCAGCAGCAAACAUCGACUUCGUGAUCCUUGAGAAGCACCACAACAUCAUCAACGACUCCGGCGCCGCCAUUAUGCUCUGGCCACACUCGAUUCGGAUUUUUGACCAGCUUGGCUUGUUGGCAGAAGUCAAGAAGAUGGGCAUGUCGGUGCAUGCCAAGGCUAACACCUUGCUCAAUGGAAAGGUUACCGGGCGAGCCAACUUGUUCGACAUGCUGGAAGAAGCACACGGCUACCCCUGCCUAAACUUCAAUCGACCAAAGUUGACAAGGGUCCUGUACGAGGGCCUGCCCUCACGCGAAGAGAGGAUCAAGACCAACGCAACCGUGGUCGACAUCGAGACGCACGACCACGGCGUCCGUGUCCUUCUCUCCGACGGCAGCGUCGAAGAAGGCUCCAUCGUCAUCGGCGCCGACGGCGUACACAGCACGACACCCGAUGCAGUCCAGCUUCCAGGUGCUGUAUGGCCGCGCCGCUUACAUCGAGGGCACGGAGAGUUCACCUUUUUCGAGACGCGGGGCACGGGCAUGACGACGCAGAUGACGGCGUUUGACGAUAGUAUUCACUUUUCACUGUGUCGGACCCUGGCGGAGCCGACAACAGAGAGGAAAAUGUACACGGCGGAGGAGACGGCGGAGAUGGCGGUGGACUUUGCGAAUGUGCAGGUCAUGACGAAUCUCAAGUUUAAGGAUGUCUGGCCCAAGUGCAACUGGACACGGUUGGUGAAUCAGAAUGAGGGGUGGGUAGACAAGUGGCAUCAUGGGAGGGUUAUGCUGGUGGGUGAUGGGGUGCAUUGCAUGAUGCCCAAUGCGGGGAUGGGGUUAAAUUGUUCGAUACAGUCGGUGGUUUGUUUGGUCAAUGAGCUUAGCGACGCGUUGAAGUCGAAUGAAAACUUGGAUUGCAAAGGGAUAGAUGGAGUGUUUUCUAGGUACGAGAAGAUACGGAAGGAGGAGGCAAAGAUCGUCUACGACAUGUCGAGGAUGAUCGUUCGGGGGACGACGUGGAGCUCUUGGAUGGCUUGGUUAAUGGAUCAGUGUUUUGUACCAUAUGUGGGCCAGGAGAACAUGGUGAGAAAAAGGGUGUCUGGCCCGGUGAUCAGUCAGGGUAGGGUGUUCAACUUCAUCCCUUGGGAUGGUGGGAGUAAGGGGACUAUACCAUGGGUUCAUACGAAUUUGUGA